AUGGUUGGCGACUACGUGCUGCAUUGGAGAACAGGACAAAGCUUCAUGAACUUCACUGUUGAAUCCGACUUUCAGCAAAGCGACUGGUGGACCAUAGACCCUGUAUAUGUCACAGCAACGAGGGCAAAAGCAUCGGUCGCUAUGUUUUUCUUUCCAGAAUGCAAGGUG